UCCUCCUCCUUCUCCUCCUCCUCCUCCUUCUCCUCCUCCCCUCUCCACCGUAUUUUUUCGCCUCUGGUUUAUUUUUCCAACCCCCUCCGUGUGGUUUGGUGCUAAUUUUUGGGGUUUUUUUCUUUUUUUCUUUUUUUUCCCCUUUUUUUUUUUUUUUUUUUUUUUUGCUUCCUGACACAUCCUCCUCACGUUGGCUCUUUUAUUUUUAUUUUUUUUUCCUGGCUGCAAUGGAACUGUAACAUAAAUCAUGUUUGGGUUGAAACCACCUCUCUAUUACUUACCAGGCAUGAGCCAUGAGCCGAAGUCACCGUCCCUAGGAAUGCUCUCCACGGCCACCCGCACCACUGCUACCGUGAGCCCCCUGACCCCGUCCCCCCUGAACGGCUCCAUCGUUCCCAAUGGCAGCCCUGCAGCCAGCAGCACUUUGUCCGUCCAGGCAGCACCUUCCUCCAGCUUCGCCGCCGCUCUCCGCAAGCUCGCCAAGCAAGCCGAGGAGCCCAGAGGGUCCUCACUGAGCAGCGAGUCGUCCCCAGUGUCCUCUCCAGCCACCAACCACAGCUCCCCAGCCAGCACUCCCAAACGUGGCCCCAUGGGUCCCAUCAUCGUGCCCCCAGGGGGGCACAGCGUGCCCAGCACACCGCCCGUGGUCACCAUCGCCCCCACCAAGACGGUCAACGGGGUCUGGAGGAGUGAGGGCAGACAGCAGGAAGCAGGGUCUCGAGGCAGCAGCAGCAGCGCCGGCCGCGAGCGCCUCAUCUCGGAGCCCCCCCUUGCACAGGAGAAAGCAGGAGGUCCCACUGUCCCCUCCCACCUCCUGGGGACACCCUACUCCUUCGGGCUGCCCCCCAGCUCCGUGGUCCAGGACUCCCGCUUCCCGCCUCUCAACCUGCAGCGGCCGGUGCACCACGUGGUGCCUCCCAGUGCAGUGACCGAGGAUUACCUGCGCAGCUUCCGUCCCUACCACACGGCCGAGGAUCUCCGCAUGUCCUCCCUGCCUCCCCUCGGCCUCGACCCGGCCACUGCUGCUGCCUACUACCACCCCAGCUACCUGACACAUCACCCCUUCCCUCAUCCUGCCUUCAGGAUGGAUGAGUCGUACUGCCUAUCGGCACUGAGGUCCCCCUUCUACCCGCUGCCAGCGCCGGGCUCGCUGCCACCCCUUCACCCCUCGGCCAUGCACCUGCACCUCUCGGGGGUCCGGUACCCCCCCGAGCUCUCCCACUCGUCCCUCUCCGCCCUGCAGUCCGAGCGCAUCUCCAGCCUCGCCGCCGAGAGGCUGCAAAUGGACGAGGAGCUACGGCAGAGGGAACGGGAAAGGGAGCGGGAAAAGGAGCGGGAGCGAGAAGCCGACCGGGAGCGGGAGAAGGAGCGGGAGCGGGAACGGGAGCGCGAGAAGGAGCUGGAGCGCGAGCGGGAAAAGGAGCGGGAGCGGGAGCUGGAGAGGCAGCGGGAGCGUGCCCGGGAGAAGGAGCUGAGCAUGGUGAAAGCCAUGGAGGGGCCCUUCCUCCCCGUGGCAGAGCUGCACGGGCUGCGGGGGCACCCGGCCGAGGAGCGGGGCAAGCCGGUGGAGCCGCUGGCACCCAGCAGAGCAGACAAGCUCAAGGACUCGGUGUUGCCCACGCCAAAGCCCAUCCAGCACCCUCUACACCCGCCACCGGGCUCCCACCACCCCGUGCCCAGCCUCAUCCCCAACCACAGCGUGUUCCCUCUGCCCGGGAGCAGCGCGGCCACGGCGCUGCUCAUCCAUCGCACCAACGAGGAGGAGAAGUGGCUGGCCCGGCAGCGCCGGCUGCGCCAGGAGAAGGAGGAUCGGCAAUCCCAGGUCUCGGAGUUCCGGCAGCAAGUGCUGGAGCAGCACCUGGACAUAGGGCGUGCCCCGAGCCAAGCUGAGCCUGAGCACCGGCCUGAGCAUCCCAGGUUGGGAUCGAGCCGCCACGAGCCGAGCAGCCGGGAGCCAGGGCAGCACUUUGGUGGGCCCCCACCCCUCAUCUCCCCCAAACCCCAGCACCACCCCGUCACCACGUCCCUCUGGAACCCCGUCUCGCUGAUGGAGAGCCCCCCUGACCCUCCCAGGCGCCUCCCCGAGCCCCACACCCUCCACAGCCACCCAGCACCCUUUGAGCCCAGCCGCCAGGGCAUCCCACUGGUGAAGGUGGAGAGGGUCUUCUGCCCAGAGAAGCUGGAGGAGGGGCCAAGGAAGAGGGACUCUCUGGAGAAAUACCCCCCGGGACGGGAGCCCGGCGCCCCAGAGCAUGGGGCCUUCACCCACACCCCCUUCCUAGCUGAGCUGGAAAAGUCCACUCAGAGCAUCCUGAGCCAGCAGAGAGCCCCAACCACCCCAUUCCCCGAGGCCGCCAAGCCCAGCUCGCCGUACCGGCCCCCCCAGCCCCGUUCCCAGGACCCCAUGUACAUCUACGAUGAGUUCGUGCAGCAGCACCGCAGGCUGGUCAGCAAACUGGACCUGGAGGAGCGCCGGCGGCGGGAGGCCCGUGAGAAAGGGUACUACUACGACCUGGAUGACUCCUGUGAUGACAGUGACGAGGAGGAGGUGCGGGCCCAUCUCCGCUGCGUGGCUGAGCAGCCCCCGCUGAAGCUGGACACGUCCUCUGAGAAGCUGGAGUUCCUGCAGCUCUUCGGCCUCACCACGCAGCAGCAGAAGGAGGAACUGCUGAGCCAGAAGCGGCGCAAGCGCCGGCGGAUGCUGCGGGAGCGGAGCCCCUCUCCACCCACGGUGCAGAACAAGCGCCGCACGCCCUCCCCGCGCCUCCCGCUCUCCACCCGCUACAGCCCCGACGAGAUGAACAACAGCCCCAACUUCGAGGAGAAGAAGCGCUUCCUCACCAUCUUCAACCUCACGCACAUCAGCGCCGAGAAGAGGAAAGCUUCCCAUGCCGCAGACAAGGAGAAGCUGGUGGAGAUGCUCCAGGCCAUGAAGCAGAAGACCACACCGGCUGCCGUGGUGGUGAAAAGCUCCCCGCGGGACAGCCCCGGUGCCCCCAGCACUGAGCCUCCAGUGCCGCCGCUCCUGCUGGACCUGGAUAAACCCGUGGGCAUCGCCGUCUCCGUGCCGGAGGUGCCGAAAGCAGCAGAAGUCUCCAGGUUAGACCAGUUGAGACCCCAGGAGCCACCGAGGCCCAAGGAGUCGGGCACGGCACCGGACAAGCCCCGGCUGAGCGAUGGGCACCCCGGGAAGAAGGCUCUGAGCAUCCUCAGCUACGUCAGGGGUCCCCUCCCCAAGGACAUCCCGGUGCCGCUGUCCCACAGCAUGAACGGCAAGAGCAAGCCCUGGGAGCCCUUCAUUGCCGAGGAAUUUGCUCACCAGUUCCAUGAGUCGGUGCUGCAGUCCACGCAGAAGGCGCUGCAGAAGCACAAAGGGGGGACAGUGGAGCAGAACCACAAGCUGGACACAUCCAUCCACUACAACAUCCCGGAGCUGCAGGCAUCCACCCGCCUGGCCGGACCCCCGCACAACGGCACGGCCGAGGGGCUGCUCCGGCCACUGCCCCCCCUGCCCCAGGACUCCGCCUCCGAGGAGGAGGAGGAGGAGGAGGAGGAAGAAGAGGAGGAAGAGGAGGAAGAUUACCCCAGGCCCAAGUGGCAAGGGAUCGAGGCAAUUUUUGAAGCUUACCAGGAACAUAUAGAAGAACAAAACCUGGAGCGCCAGGUGCUGCAGACGCAGUGCCGGCGGCUGGAGGCCCAGCACUACACCCUGAGCCUGACAGCUGAGCAGCUGUCACACAGCAUGGCGGAGCUGAGGAGCCAGAAGCAGAAGAUGGUGUCAGAACGGGAGCGCCUGCAAGCCGAGCUGGAUCACCUGCGGAAGUGCCUUGCCUUGCCUGCAAUGCAGUGGUCUAGGGGUUAUUUCAAGGGGUAUCCCAGGUGACGCUCCCUGGGCCAGGCCGAACAUAUAGUCUAGAAAUAAUAAUCUAUUUUAUUACCUUGAAUAUUUAAUAUUUUUCACUGGGAGGUUUGAAGCUAAAAUAAUAAAAUUUAGAAAAAAAAAAAAUUAAAAAAAAAAUACAAAAACAACCGAGACAAAAAGGAAAAAAAAAAAAAGAAAAGAAAAAAAAAAGGACAGACAAAACCACGACAACAAAAUCGUUAAUAAUAAAAGGAAGCAAACAAACAAACAAAACUAAAGAGAAAUAAAUAAAUAAAUGGAGAAUGUGCCAUGCAUGAAGCAAAUGGGAGCCGGGAGGAGCCGGGAGCCCACCCCAUGGCCAGCAGCCCCUGGCAUGUCCCCUCCUGUCCCCUCCUCCGGGGGCCACAGCUCUGAAGCCCCCCCCCGCCUCCACCCACCCACACUUUAUAACGCUCAUUUUUUUUGGUUCUUUUGUUUUUUUUUUUUUCUUAAAAAAAAAAAAAAAAAAGAAAAAAAGACAAUGAAAGACUCCACGACAACACUAAACCCGGUGGGGCCCCGCGGGGCCGGGUGCUGCCGGAUCCUGCUCCCAGCACUGCACCCCCAGCCCAGGGUUUCCCCUGGAAAUGCACUUCGCUAUCAAAAAAUAAAGUCAAUAAACUGGUUGAAGGUCCCUUUUUGUUCCUGGUUGGUGGGGAAGGGGCAGGGACACGCGCGGGGUCAUUUUGUCACCCCGGCUUUGGGAUUGAACAGGCGGGAAAAAAAAAAAAAAAAAAAAAAAGAGGAAAAAAAAAAAAAAGGUGCUUCAGCCUUGUACUGUGUAUAUAUAUUAAAAAACAAAGUUUUGUAUGUUUUUAUUGCUUUUAAUUAUUGUUAUAAAAAGCUUGCCUUUUUUUUUAAGAUGUUUCUGCUUUUUUUUCCCCUUUUUUCACCCAUCUUUCUACCUCCCUGUUUUUAUUUUCUUUCUGUUUUUGUUUUUUUUUUUUUUUUGUUUUGUUUUUUUUCUUUUGGCAAAAGGAUUAACUCGCUUUUUAGUGUUUGUACUGCUGCUGGUCGGGCCAGAAAAGAUAAUUGAAACGUUUUAAGAAGAAUUGAAAACCAGGAAAAAUAAAUGCCCUUUUCCAGUGGGGCAGGUCCUGUCCCACCACCAGUCCCUCAGGAAGCUCAACCCUUCCACCCUCCUGUGUUCUCUUUUUUAUUUUUACCCUUUUUCGUUGCUUUCUGGGGCUUUUUCUGCUCCAGCUGGGUCUUCGUGGGUGUCACAGUGCCGGGUGGUGUCUGAGCCUUGCCCAGGCUCCGUCUGCCAAAGGAAAAAUCCCAAGGAAUUGUGCUGAGAGGGUGGAGGGUUGAGGGAUGGGUGGCAUUGGGGUGUCCUUGUCCCCCCACAAAAAAUACCAAGACAAUCAGAGUGGCUCUAAGGCAGUUUGGGCACAGGGAGAGGGGGUUUUGUGGGGUCUCUUGGUGUCACUUUGGGGACAAUCCAUGUGGAGCUGUGCCUGCAGGUGGGCAGGGAUGUCCUGGUGCCACCAGGGUCACCCUUGGUGCCAUUUUUAGCUAAAAA